AUGCGGUCGCUCGUCCCGCGGGCACUCCGGGCGGCAGCCCUGGAGCCCCGCGGCGCCGCCUGGGCCCGCGGGGCUCGCGCCCCGGACGCCGAGAUGGCCGUGGCCGGCCACAGGGAGAGACUCCUGCUGCGCUGCGCCUGGCACGGCGCGCCCUCGCCGGACAGCGAGCUGGGGGAGCCAGCCGCCCCCCUGCUGCGGAUGCAAGAGACGAGCGAGGCGGCGAGCAGGAGUAAGGAGGACGAGCAGGAGUACGCGAAGAUGAGGAUCGCGAGUGCGAAGAGCGGGCUGCAGUUGUGCAGCAUUGCCGAGGAGGUCAUCAGGGACGACUGGCUGUGGGAGUGCCACUCCCUGCCCGGGAACAUCUACCGCAUCGCUGCCUUCGGGAGGCACACAAGGAGCCUCGGGCAGUGCUCGCACCGGGGUUUCAAGGCCGUGGUGCGGCUCUUCGGCUUCGCGGCGGUGGUGCUGCUCCAGUGGGUGGCGCCCCCGGCUAUUUUCAUGAGCAUGUGGUUUUUUUUUUGGAGUAAGAAGUGA